AUGCUGGCCGCCGACAAGCUGCGCGAGCUGCGCGCGCUCAUGAGCCGCACCAACGUGCGCCUGCUGCCGCUGCGCCACCACCUGGGCAAGACGGAGAAGGGAGAGGCGGCAGAGCUCUCGGGCCGCGCGCUGCAGGCCUUCCUGGUGGACACGGCGGACGCGCAUCAGAGCGAGUACGUGGGGGCCGCAGACGCGCGACGCGAGUUCCUCACGGGCUUCACGGGCUCCAGCGGCACGGCGCUGGUGACGUCCGACCAGGCGCUCAUGUGGACGGACGGCCGCUACUUCCUGCAGGCGGAGCAGGAGCUGAGCGAGGACUGGACGCUCAUGAAGAGCGAGGAGCCCGGUGUGCCCACUAUUGAGCAAUGGGCGAAGAAGAACCUGCCGGGGGAGAGUUGUCUGGCUAUUGAUCCGUACCUGACGUCGGUGUUCGCGGCUCGCAACUUUGCUAAGGCUCUGAAGGAGACCAAGAUCGAGUUGGUGGCGCUGCAUGAAACCGAGAACCUCGUGGACCUCAUCUGGAAAGACCGACCGGCGGUGGCCCCCUCGCAGGUGACGUUUCUGUCGGAAGCGUACACAGGCCGCUCAGUGGUCGACAAGUUGAAGACGCUGCGUGAGGCUGUGAAGGAGAAGGGCGCCGAUGCCGUUGUGCUCACUGCUCUCGACGACAUCGCGUGGCUGUUCAACAUUCGCGGCAACGACGUCGAGUUCAACCCUGUCGUUACGUCGUACGCCAUUGUGACGUCCGACUCAGCGACUCUGUUCCUCAACGCAGCCAACCAAGAUGAGGUGGACCAGCAUCUGGGCCCGAGUGGGGUCGUCUGCAAGCCGUACUCGGGAAUGUUGAAGGAAGUGUCGGCUUUCGUUGCUGCGAACAAGGACCAGAAGAUCCUCGUGGACCCCGCACAGUGCAAUGUCGCGGUGUUCUUGGCGAUCCCUGCCGCGAACCGCAAAGAGGACACCUCGGUAGUCAUGGCCCAGAAGGCGAUCAAGAGCUCGGUGGAGAUUGAGGGCAUGCGCCAGGCGCACCUUCGUGACGGAGCUGCUCUUGUCAAGUACUUCAGCUGGCUUGAGAAGGAGAUGGAUGCCGGCCACGAGGACCAAUGGGACGAAGUGCUGGUGGCUGACAAGCAAGAGCAGUUCCGUCAGCAAGUGAAAGAUUACGUGUCGCUGAGCUUCGAUACCAUCUCUUCCGUUGGUGCUAACGGGUCGGUUAUCCACUAUUCGCCAAAGCGUGGAGACUGCGCCAAGAUGUCGACGUCGGCUAUGUACCUGAACGACUCUGGUGCUCAGUAUCUUGACGGCACAACAGAUGUGACGCGUACGCUCCACUUCGGCCAGCCUACUGACUACGAGAAGGCGUGCUUCACUUACGUGCUGAAGGGCCACAUCGCCCUCGCUAGCACUGUCUUCCCUGACAAGAUCGAAGGUACCAAGCUCGAUGCUAUCACUCGUGCUCCGCUGUGGAAGGCCGGCCUGGACUAUCGCCACGGAACCGGCCACGGUGUCGGCGCAUUCCUCAACGUGCACGAAAAGGGUGUGCUGAUGUCUUUCCGCUUGAACCCGAACGGAUUGAAGAUUCAAGACGGCAUGGUUCUUAGUAACGAGCCGGGCUACUAUGAAGACGGCAAGUUUGGUAUUCGUAUCGAGAGCGUCAUGGUCGCCAAGAAGGCUCCUCACAUCAAGAGCCCACUCAACCGCGAGUUCUGUGAGUUUGAGACGCUCACGAUGGCUCCGAUCCAGCAGAAGCUCAUCAACGUGAGCUUGCUCACGCCUGAGGAGAUCAAGUGGCUGAACGCGUACCACAAGGAAGUGCACGACAAGUUGCAGCCGCUACUGAAGGAUGACAAGGAAACGUAUGCGUACCUCGUCCGUGAAACGAAGCCAUUGCUGCUUCCUUGA